AUGCCGCCUCACCUCCAUCCCCGGUCCCGGUCGACGGCCUCACUUUUUGCCACGACCCUCCUAGCCUCUUUGGUGGUUGUGGGUUUACCACACGUUUUUCCAUGCCCCGCCCCGCGUCGCACACUUGCCGAUUCUGAGAUGACGGUCACAGCAGAUGGACAACAAGUCCAGAGAAUUAGGCGACGGAGGAGGAAGGAUGCAGAAAUGCUCGAUCGGGAGAACACAUCAUUCCCGACGACUCAACCGGCCGACGAAGAGGUGUCGACUUUCUUCCAGAUGGAGGCGGAAGCAGAGAAACUGGAACACGUCCGGAGACAAUGUCCAGUGCCUAAACCCAGUGGGGUUUUGGGAGAUCUAUUAGGAUUUUCGAAUCAAAAGGAUACCUCGCAACAGCAGGGGAGGGAAGAAUUUUAA